AAAGUUUGGAGUGAUCUGAGCUUCCAUGAUUUUUUUUAGAUUUUUUAAAGCCCGAAAUCACUAAGAAAACCCGUUUUGAAAUCGCUAAAAAUCGGACCCGUUUGAAACGCUAUUUUUUUUUCGCGCCAUGGUGAUGACGUAGACAGGCGAGGAAACAACAACUUCCCUAUCUACCGUGUGUAAUGUUACCUACGUGUGUCAUAAUUUUCUGAACUUAGGUAGUUUUUUUGAAAUCAUUUGAAAGUAUUUUUUGGAAUUUCUACGUUCAAAAUUCCGCUGUCGAGUCUCGAUAUGUUUGAUACAACUCUUUUCGAGUUUAAUCAUUAAUUGUCGUAUACGAAUGUAAACCUAACCUUGAUCACUUGCAAAACAAUAAUAUUGCUAAAUCAUACCCAAGAAUAGUCACGAAAAUCAGAAAAUGACCAGUAAAGUGAAGUGUUUUGUGCGUGAUUGUGGAAAUUCAAGUGAUUCCACACCGGGAAAAAUAUUUUUUACAGUUCCUAAAGGGGAAAGGAGGAGGCUAUGGUUGCAGAUGGCCCGAAGUCAGUGCACUUCUUUGCAGUCCUCUCUUCGCUGCUGUGAAGAUCAUUUUGAUGUAGAAAAGGAUGUUGAAAAUUGGAUCCAGAAUAAGGUGAUGAUGGAAAGCGGGUUGAAACCAUUUCCUUGGGUCCUCAGGAAAGAUGUGACUCCCCAUUUGUUUGACUGUCAGAAGGACCGUAAAAGGUCUCACACACUUUCAAUAAGGUCUGCCGUAGAGAAGAGGAAGAGAAUGGAAGUCCUAAAGGACAUAUCAAAUACAGAUGCUGGAAGGUCUGAUGUAGGAGCGGCCGCUUUGGAGUAUCCAGUAACAGAGCCUCUGGAAACAAAUGUGGAGCCUGCGGUUCCAUUGCAAGUGAUUAAUGAUGUAUCAGCCUUUGUUGAUGACCUGUCUGUUAAUGACAUUUCUGUGGAAUGUCAUGUUGAGAUCCAUACAAAUUUAGAACCUGCCCACAAUACAGCAGCAGCACUUCCAGAGACUGUCAUAAAUUUCACUCCUGAAUAUCGUUGUGAAGCUCGAAAGACAGUACGAGAUACCCAGACUCAGACUGCUUACCCCAGGUAUCGCAGUGAACACACUCAAACGAAGGUUGCGGCUACCAAAGAAAGUUCGUCGCAGACAACGCAAGGCAGGGUUUUCUGGCAUGACGUCUACUCAAUGGAGGAACUUGAAAAGUCCUUAAACGAAACACAUCUCAGCGUCGCUACAGAUAAUGCUUCAGCAUCUGAGUAUGUACCAUCAGAAGUCACUAAUACUUCUGUUGACACUUUACCAGAUGAAGUGAAAGAUCUUCACCUAGGCGUUACAGUUGCGACCUGUAAUAUGCAAUUGAUGGAGAAAUUUCCCCGAGUUUUUGUGGGACUAGAUAAGGAAACCAUGUUCCUGGUUCCAUUGUUACAAAAGCACGCUGGCUUAGAUAAAAGGAACAUAUUUGUAGCUCUCAGAAAAAUACGCUUAAAUGAAUCCUCUGAAGUAUUGGGGCAUAUUUUUUGGCUUCAUCGGAGCUCAGUUUGUAGAAUAGUAAAUGAGUCAAUUCCUAAAAUUGCAAGGUUCAUGGCAACAUGCAUCAAGUGGCCAAGCCCACAGAUAAUUCAAUCUAAUGUCCCGCUCGCUUUCAGGGCACAUUAUUCUACAGUACAGUCCAUCUUGGACUGCUUUGAGGUUGAGAUAGAAAAAUGUUCUAAUCCAUUGUUUCAAUCGUUGACUUGGUCGGAGUACAAGAAGCGCAAUACAAUUAAAUUUUUAAUUUCUAGCACACCAGAUGGUCUUAUAAAUUUUAUUUCUAGUGCAUAUGGGGGAAGAGCAACCGACUGCAACAUUUUACGUGAUAGCGGUUAUCUUGAAGUUCUGCCUCGCAACACAUUAGUCAUGGCAGAUAGAGGAUUCAAAAAUGUAGAAAGUCUCAUAUCAGAUAGUGGCUCCCGAUUAGUACGCCCUCCUACUGUUCAUACUGAAGAGAAGACCGUAAAGAAGGGAAAUUCUGAGAAAGUAUUAAAGGAAACAGUGAAAAUGACUAAAAGACAGGUUCGAGAAACAAAAGUUAUUGCUUCGCUCCGCAUUGUGAUAGAAAGAGUAAUAGGGCGCCUGAGAAACUUUGAAAUGGUAGAUCAUGCUGCAAAUUUCCACCAUGAUUUGCUCAGCUUAGCAAAUAAUAUUGUUGUAAUAGUCUGUGGACUUAGUAACCUUCAAGGACCUCUGUUUCUGUAGUUUCUGACUUGAUGCUUUAUUUUCCUUUUCCGACUUAUUUCUAUGUUAUAGUCAAUUUUUACAUGAAAAUAAAAUGAAAAUAAUAAGAUUUAA